AUGCGCGUUCCAGCUACCACCGCAGCGCUUUCGCUGCUUUUCAGCGCUGGCUAUCUUUCUCUUGUUGAUGGUUGCCCAACGACUGAGACUGUGACGCUUUCAACUGUCACAAGUACCACCACACUUCCUACGCAGACAGUUACGGGAGCGCCUGCGCCUACGGGUACUGGAACCAACCCUGGAGGCAAUGGUAACAACCCUGGGGGCAACGGCAACAACCCCGGGGACGGCUCUGGUGAUGGCUCGGGUAAUGGCACAGGCUCAGGUUCUGGAACUGGCUCGGACAAUGGUUCUGGAACGGGUUCUGGCUCUGGCUCUGGCUCAGGCAAUGGCUCUGGAACUGGUUCUGGAGACGGCUCAAGCAAUGGUUCUGGGUCAGGCAGUGGUUCCGGCAACGGCUCUGGCAACGGCUCUGGCAACGGCUCUGGCAACGGCUCUGGCAACGGCUCUGGCUCGUUGUCAGGCUCAGGAUCUGGAGGAUAUUCUCCGUCUGCCUCUGGUUCUGGCUCGGGCAGUGGCGUCCCUACCGUCACUGGUUCGGGCGGCGUCCCCGUCGUCACUGGCAGCGCAGCACGCCAUCAAACAACAAGCCUCUACUGCGUGCCACUGGCGCUGACCGUCGCCACUCUAUUCUUCUCCUUGUAA